UUUAAUUAUAUAUUUAAAAUCAUUUAUUUUUAAAUAAUGUAAAAAUUGUAAUUAUUUAUUAAAGUUUUAUUAAAGUAAAUUUUGUAACUAUUUAAAAAAUAUUUGUAAUUAGAUACAUAAUUAAACGUAAAAAUCAUUAAUAUUAUUAUAUAUAUUCAACUGUGUUUACAUGACACCUAUCAGAACACUAUUGCAAAAUUAUUUAUAACUAUUCAAGUAUAUAGUUGGAACAGAAUAAGAGAAAAUACCGCGCAGUUUUCUGACCCUUGAAGCUUAUCUGGAAAGAGCCUAAAAUAUAUGAAAAAAUAAGGAUACUUGGUGGACUUGGAAUGAACCUUACCAUGAAUCCAAAUUUGGCUGUAAAUAGUGGCUACCCAAAUAUGAUGAUGAACAAUGGGUAUGCAUCUACAUACAUGUCAGUGAGCAAUGGAUAUACAAAUACAAGCAUAGGUAUGAACAAUAUGUAUCCUAAUACAAAUUUGAACAAUGCAUACGCAAGUGUAAAUACAAAUAAUGCAUACCCAAGUAUAAACACAAGUAAUGCAUACCCAAGUGUAAAUACAAAUAAUGCAUACCCAAGUGUAAAUACAAAUAAUGUAUAUCCAAAUGCAAAUAUGAAUAAUGCAUAUCCAAUUACAAAUACAAAUAAUGCAUAUCCAAGUUCAAAUACAAAUAUGAGCAAUGGGUAUGCAAACAUGAAUAUGAGUAUGAGCAAUGGAUAUACAAGUCCACCAUCUUGGGUGAAAAGAGAACCAGUGUAUCAAGAAAAAAUUGAGAAGAUGGAAAAAGUAGAAACGGUAACGCCUAUAAUGUACAAAAGAAAAAAAUUGACUCGAGCCGAAAUUGGCUCAGUGGAAGCUUGGAGAAUAAUGAUGGCAUUGAGAUCAAGUUUAUUAGCCGAAAGAUGUUGGGCUUUGGAUGUUCUAAAUAGUCUUCUAUUCGAUGAUACCUCAGUACAGUACUUUGGACUUACUCACUUACCAGGACUGUUAGAUGUUUUAUUAGAACAUUUUGCUCUAUCCUUAGCCGAUAUGUUCGAUUCUUCACUGGUUGAAGAAGAACUUUGUUGUUUCUACCAGAACGUAGAUGAAUCAGAUAAUGAUUCUGAAGCAAUUAUUGGCCCGGUUAAUCCCAAAGAUCGUACAAAGAUUUUGUCCUGCUCCAAUUAUACAUUUCUAACUAGAAAUAGAAAACCAGUUAAAAUCGUCACGUCUUCACGCUCCUCGCCGAUUGUAAACUGGCAGAAUAAUAGAAAGGUAGUUACCAAAGACCAGUCAGCUAGGAGCAGAAGUUGUACCAGCAGCAACAGUAGCUCAUGCGGUAAGGUGUCGCUUCUGAAAAAUGGUAUUGAAGCGCAAGUAAAUGACAGUAUUGUAUUAGAGAAAGACCAGAUGAGAAUAAAAGUUCGAGAUCCAGCUGGAAUAUUAAAGAGGCGAAUGAGUGAUUACGAAGAUGAAAGUUACACGAGAGACGAAGGCAGCUUGCACCUGCUCAGCGAUAGUCAAGACAAUUUAGCUCAACAAUGCGUUUGCCUUUCGACGAUUCUCCGUAAUCUGACCUUCAUUCCAGGCAACGAAUUGGAAUUUGCUCGAAACUCCAUGUUUUUAAGCUUGCUAGGCAAACUUUUGUUGCUUCAUCACGAGCACCCAACUCACAAGAAACGCGAUUACGAUCGAGAUGAAGAUGCAGAUUUUUUAGAUACUAAUUGCGGUAAUCUGCAUAACGAAGACGAAUGGUGGUGGGGUUUUCUAUAUCACAUCCGUGAAAACGUUUUAGUAAUGGCAGCUAACAUCUCUGGUUACACGGACUUGAGCCAGUAUGCAGAAAAAAUAUCUCGACCAGUGAUCGAUGGUCUUCUCCACUGGGCAGUUUGUCCAGCUGCACAUGGUCAAGAUCCGCUGCCAACCGUCAGCUCGAACUUGUCUUUAUCGCCGCAGAGAUUGGCACUCGAAGCUCUCUGCAAACUCUGCGUUACGAAGAAUAACGUUGACCUCGUCGUAGCAACACCACCUUACUCGAGAUUCCAAAGGCUGUGCUCGGUAUUAUCGCGAUUUCUUCACAGAAACGAAGAACAAGUAUUGCGAGAAUUCGCCAUAACGCUCCUGGAUUUCCUCUCAAGCGCUGACAGUGGAUUAGCUCGCACGGUAGCACUGCAAACGCCUUGUGUCAAUCUGUUAGUGUCGUUCGUCGAACAAGCCGAGAGCAUUGGCCUAGGUAUUGCUAAUCGUUAUGGAAUAGCCGCACUACGUGAUAAUCCUGAAACUAUGGGCACGAGUUUGGAUAUGCUAAGGCGUGCUGCUGAUACACUUUUACAGCUGUCGAGACAUCCGGAUAAUAGGACUUUAUUACUUCAACACGAGACACGCCUCUUGUCGCUGAGUAUGAGCCAGAUUUUGGAUCAACAAGUUACAGCAAUUGUUACGCAGGUUCUUUUCCAAUGUUCUCGAGGAAAUUCGUGAUUAAUGCUUGCCACUCGAAUUCGUAGUUUUGGUCCGAUCUAAAUCCAUUCUUAUGACUUGAUUGCAAUGAUUUAAAAAAAAUAUUUCGAUCGAAAUCCAAUGAACGAAAGUGUGAUUAAAUAGCGUGUGCGUGCGUGUGACUUGAUUUAUUUUAACUGUGUUCUCUUAAGUACCUUACCGUAUUGCAAGAUAUAGUGUUACCAUAAGCGAGACAUUUCGCUUAUAUUUUAAUGUACAUUAAAAGCUAUAGAACGUAAAAAAGGCUAUGAACUUUUUUUCUCUCUCGAUGCUUGGAAAGAAAAAUAGUACAAAAUUUGUAAAUGUCAAAUAUUGUAAAACGGAUUCCUCUAAUAUUUAAAAGUGUGUGUAUAUAUACACGGCGCUGACUUUUAAGUUAGCUAGGGGCGUUAGAGUAAUUUGAAAUGAAAUUACGUGGUUUGGAAAUAAUUGGAGUGCACACUAAAGCUGUGUAAUAAUAGAUGUAAACGAAUAUAUUAUUUCAAUGAAUUGAUCAUGAUAAUUAUACAGUAAUAAUGUAUACUUCAAGCAAAAUUAAUCAAUCUUGAAUAAGGUCAAUGUUCAUUAUUAUAUCGGUUUUGAAUAUAAUUUUUCAUUGUAGAAUAAUAAUUGUGUGCAGAACAUUUUUUUCCAAUGAAUCAUUGAAGUAUUAAUUUGUAGAUUUGUUUCUAAUGAAUACCUCAUGUACAUUUUUUGCGAUAAUAAAAAGUGCCGAUAACAGAAAUUACAAUAUUAAGAUGAUAUACAAUAUAUAUUAAAGGA